GUGCAGCUACCCCACGUACAUGCUCAUAUCCGGAGAGAGACAGACAGAGUAAGAGAGAGAAAGAGAGAGAGAGAGAAGACUGACUUCCUUCUUUUUUGCUCUGCAGACGCGUGCGUGACCUAUCUGCUCCCGGAUUUCCCUGCAACUUUUUUAUUUUUUCUUGCGAUUUUUAUACUGUUUUCAUCGUCGCAUUCCUCCUUCCUUUGGAAUGAACUGUUUUCCUGCCUGCAUCGUUUCCAUGCCAGCAUGGGAACUGCUGUGUCCAAGAGGAAGAAUUUAAGAAACGAUGCGAUUUCUUCUGUGGCAGCAAAAGUUAGAGCAGCGCGAGCAUUUGGAGAGUACCUGUCCCACACACACCCUGAAAACCGAAACGGAUCAGCUCAUCUUCUGUGUGAAACCUUGGUGGGUCCUGACCCGGAGUCGCCAAGUGACACAUUUGGCCCCAACAACAACAACCACCUCCAUCCCUGUUCUGAAACUAAGGGCUGUGAGGACAAACAGGAGACCAGCCUAGUGACACAGCCACUGGGCUUACUCCAGCCAACCCCAUCUUCUAUCACACUUUCUAACAAGGCACCAGCACGAUUGUCCCUCGAACGCAGCUUCUCAGUGGAGGAAGACCAGCAGAAGUGUGUGGAGUGUACACUGCAGCCUUCACGUGUGUACACCAUCACCACCCAGCACGGUAUGCUGAUGAGCGCCGGCCAGGGCAGCAAGGAGAGCCUCGAACUGGACGUCCUAAAGGAGAAGUCGGGGAGCAGUGGGGUAGGAUCUAGGGGUGGCUCGAUCCAGCCUUCCAAUUCCCCUUCCUCCGCCUCAUCGUCUCCAACCCAGUACCAUCGCGCAAGCAGUGGCCGUGGCGCCAGCAGCUGUGGCAGCCACCAUCACAGCAACCUUCACCAUAGUAUGCACCAUCAUGGAAACCACCACCACCACAAUGUCUCGAGCAUGAAUCCGCCUUCCAGCAGCGGAGGAAGUAGCGCGGCAAGUGGAAGCAGCAGUAGCAACCAGCAGCCGCAGCUAACCGCUGCAGGCUCUCACUCUCAUCAUGCAUCACACCACCACACCCACCAUCAUCAUCACCUGUCUCAGCCUCCACUGCAGACCUCGGUCAGCGCCCACAACAUUCGUAGCUGGGGCGAAGGUGGAAAAGGGGAGGCGGAGUGUAGCGGGUUGGCUUGUGAGUCGUGCAGUACUGCUCCCUCUCGAAGCCAGGGUUCCCUGGACCUGGAGAGUGCAUCGAGAGAGGCAGGCAAGCAGCACCGACGCCUAGAGCGGAUGUGGAGUGUGGACCGGAUGACUGGGCUGGAGAGAGAGGACACCAACUGGUUCCCCAAGGAAAAUAUGUUCACCUUUCAAACUGCUACAACAACCAUGCAGGCGAUCUCGGCUUUCCGGGGAUUUGUGCAGAGAAAAAGGAGAGAGAGGGAGCAGGAGUCAGCAGAAGUCAUCCAGAGGAACUUCCGGAAGCAUCUUCGGAUGGUGGGCAGCAGAAGGCUUAAAGCACAGACAUUCGCUGAACGUAGAUCGAAGAGUUUCAGCCGUUCCUGGAGUGAUCCCACCCCUGUCAAGAAUGACUCUCCUCAUGAACCCAGAGAGAGUGGAGACCUGCAGACCUCUUGUGGCACUCUGGAUGAAGGAGGUCUCGACGACAAUAUAGACUGGGAGGAGGAAAGGGAGAUGGAGAGGCUGGCAUGUGAGGGAGAUGACUUUAUACCUCCCAAAAUCAUGCUGAUCUCUUCUAAGGUCCCCAAGGCCGAGUACAUUCCCACCAUAAUCCGUAGGGACGACCCCUCCAUCAUUCCCAUCCUCUAUGACCAUGAACAUGCAACUUUUGAUGAUAUUUUGGAGGAAAUAGACAAGAAGCUCACAGCUUACAGGAGAGGAAGCAAGUUCUGGAGGAUGCUCAUCUUUUGUCAAGGAGGCCCUGGUCAUCUGUAUUUACUGAAGAAUAAAGUGGCAACGUUUGCUAAGGUGGAAAAAGAGGAGGACAUGAGCCAAUUCUGGAGGAGACUCAGUCGCUUCAUGAGUAAAGUCAAUCCAGAACCAAACCUGAUCCACAUAAUGGGAUGCUAUGUCCUGGGUAACCCCAAUGGCGAGAAGCUGUUCCAGAAGCUGAAGAAUCUGAUGAGGCCUUAUUCUGUUGAGUUCGAGUCACCGCUGGAGCUGUCUGCACAGGGCAAAGAGAUGAUCGAGGCGUACUUUGACUUCCGCCUCUACCGCCUUUGGAAGACGAGGCAACACUCCAAGCUGUUGGACUAUGAGGAUUUUUUGUGACAAAGACAUCUGGAUCAAUGGUGCAGCGGAGCCCUCCAGUGCCACGAGGAACCUGUUAAAACUGAUCCAGCAUUUGAACAUUGCUCAGCUGUAGUGCUCGGCCCGCCGACUCGACACAAACAGUCAUACCCACGUUCACCCUUGAGAGGCUGGGAGAAGAGGGAAGGCAAUAGUAGACCAAGGGGCUGAAGAUGAAUUAAAUUAUGCUGUGCCUCCGCUCUUCCUCGUUUUCAAAAAGAAAGGUCACCGACUAACAGGGAAAAAAAGGCCAAAUCAACAUAAAAGGGGGGGGGGGGGGGGAGCGAGAGAGAGCUGGAUUUGUUUGCAUCAUGGAAAACAAAUCUGUCUGCCUCUUGAGUUUGAAAGCAAAAUCCAUAUGUCAAAUGUGUACAAAAGAAAUACCAUUAGAGUCACACUCCUCUGUUGCAAGGACUUCAUUUUUGAAGCUGAUGAUGCGCGUCAGAAAACUUCCUGAAAUUCAUUCUGUCAUACUGUGGUUCUGUGUUUUGACUGGACCUCCCAAAUAAUCUCAGACCCCAGAGUAAAAUACUAAAUAAACCAUACGUUGAUGUGUGUAUAUAUCACAUUAAUAUAUUAGCAUAGCUUCAGUCAUGCAAAUUACUCUAUUACAAGAGAAAUGAUGCAUCAUUUAUUUUUGAUGUGCAUUGUUGUGCAAUUUCAUAUGGAAAUACUUUGGAAUAACUCAGGUUUUAGCCAUGAAGUAAUUAACCUGUUUGUCUAUCAAGAUAUUGUAAUCUUCAUCGCCAUUGCUUGGAAUGAAUGUAUUAUCUCUCCAGAGAUGCGUCUUUGGUUUGAGGAACUAUUCUCAUUGGGGGGAAAGUACAAUGUUCGAACAUCGUGUGGGUGUGUGGGUGUUUUCCUUGUAAAACAAAAAAACAACAAAA